AUGUCUUUGUGGGUAGAUAAGUACAGACCACGCACGCUGAAACAAUUGAAUCACUCAGAUGAAUUGACCCAUCUUUUGACGUCUCUACAGGAGCAACCACGAGAUCUACCACACUUACUUCUCUACGGGCCCAAUGGUGCCGGGAAGAAAACGCGCUGUAUGUGUCUACUGGAAUCGAUCUUUGGUGGCGGUGUCUACAGGCUGAAGAUUGAUGUAAGACACUUUGUCACACCGUCUAACAGAAAAUUGGAGCUGAAUGUUGUCUCUUCACCCUACCACUUGGAAAUUACGCCCAGCGAUAUGGGUAACAACGAUAGGAUUGUGAUUCAAGAAUUGCUGAAGGAGGUAGCACAGAUGGAGCAGGUGGAUUUCGAAAACUCCAAAGAUGGGAUUGCCCAUAGAUACAAAUGUGUUGUAAUCAACGAGGCGCAUUCAUUAACGAGGGACGCUCAAGCGGCCCUGAGACGUACCAUGGAAAAAUACUCCAGAAACAUCAGACUCAUCAUGAUUUGCGAUUCUAUGUCUCCAAUUAUCGCACCCAUUAGGUCUCGUUGUAUGCUGAUCCGUUGCCCUGCGCCAACUGACGAUGAAACAAUCAAGAUCUUGGCUGAGGUUGCAUCGAAAGAGAAUGUGAAGGUUGAAUCCGGGUCUGUAUUCCAGAAAAUUGUUGAACAGAGCUCUGGGAACCUAAGGGUGGCUACAUUGAUGCUGGAAUCGAUGUCUCUGUGCAAUGAAAUGCAAUUGAAAAUGUCUACACCAAUUCUAAAACCGGACUGGAUGGUUGUGAUUUCUAACAUUGGCGUCAAGGUCACCCGGGAGAGGAAUGUUGCAUGCCUGGUGGAAUGCCGCUCCAUUCUGUACGAUUUACUCUCACACUGCAUCCCAGCAAAAACGAUACUGCAAGAGUUGACCUUCGCAUUGAUAAAGGAUACGUCAUUGGAUAAGACCAAACGCAUAGACAUUUUGAGCCAUGCUAGCACUUUUGAUGAGAGACUGGCUUUAGGUAACAAAGUUAUAUUCCAUUUGGAAGGGUUCCUGGCCAGAGUUAUGUGCACGCUGGACGGUACCAGCUAA